AUGUGGAGAAAAUACGACAAAUACACCCCCUUGAACACAUCUCCCAAGCGGAUUUUUAAGGAAGUAUUCCAAACAGGGUAUGUCCGGGUUAAUAGACCUCCUCCAAUGCCAAAAGGAGUUCAGCGCGAUGAAUCCAAAUUUUGCGUAUUCCACAACGACAAAGGUCACACCACCGACGAAUGUCUCGAGCUCAGAAAUACCAUUGAGGCACUCAUAAGAAAAGGAAAGCUCCAGGAAUUUAUUUCCAGCUGCAGGGAAUAUAAGACGCAGCGAAGGCGCGAUAGAAGCCUUGAUCACGACUCCAAUCCCAAUAAACAAAGGGCACGCCCUAGGAAAAACUAUAACCCUACUCGCAACAAUGACCGAAGAGAGGACAGAGCAACUUCAACUGACAGACGUCACAGAACUCCACCAAGAAACAGACGGCAAGUCGCGGGGCAACACCGCGAUAGACUACCUAACAACGCGGCAGGUGUUUUAGCCACUAUUGCCGGCGGAUCAGCGGGAGGAGGAGCGACCAAAUCUCAACGAAAAAAGCAUCUGAAAUCAGUCAUGACGAUGCGCGAUCACGCACGCCCAUCCACCUCUCGCGAUCAAAGACAAGCCAUAAGUUCUGACGAUGAUGACUAUGGCGACAUCAUACCAGACCAUGAUGACCCACUAGUGAUCUCAGCGUGCAUGGCUAACCUCCAGGUAAAACGUAUUAUGAUUGACAAUGGUAGUUCAGCUGAUAUUAUAUUCUGGGAUGCCUUUUGCGCGAUGCACAUCCCAGAGGAACAUCUUCUUCAUGGAUGUUCGGACUUAAUUGGCUUCGUCGGAGAGUGCGUACAGCCCAAAGGCACCAUUGAAAUGUGGGUCACUUUUGGAAACAUGCCUCUUGCUCAAACUAUCAAAGUAAAAUUUUAUGUCAUUGAAUACGCAUCAGUAUAUAACAUCAUUUUAGGAAGACCAACUAUUGCCGCAUUAAAGGCAAUCAUUUCUAUGACUCAUCUUUUGAUGAAAUUUCGUAACAAGUCUGGCACGGUAGUUGCCAUCAGAGGUGAUCAGAAAACAGUGUGCAACUGUUAA